AGCUACAGAGAGAAAGAGAGAGAGAGGGUAGAGAGAUAGAGAGAGAGAGAGAGAGAGAGAGAGAGAGAAAGCAGAGCUCUCUAACUCCAGUGAUUCCCAGACUGGCUGGCAGUGAGCUCUGUGCUCUGAUCUGCCCGCUCUGAUGGGGUUUCAUGCCAGUGCAGGCAGUGUUGGGGAUCCUGAGGGCAACACGGGUUUCUGCCGCUGAUCUCGGCCUCUUUAAUUCCUGCAUAUUGAGCAUAUCAGCCUACACAGAUGAGAGUCAGGAUGGCUAAUCUCAACCUGCUACUGGCGGCUAAUGGAUCAUCAACCAAUGACAGUCACUAGAAUCCAAAAAGGGAGCUAAAAGAAGAUCGAAUGCGAGAAGCCCAAGGACGACUGGCAGAUAUGAGAGUGGUACUGGUGUGUGCCCUCCUCUCCCUCCUCUCUUCGUCACAUGCCUGUCCAAAGGAAUGCAGCUGCAACAGCAACACCAAAGUAGUAGACUGCCGGGGUCGAGGCCUAUAUGACAUCCCCCGACGACUGCACCCAGACACCCAAGAACUGUACCUCCAAGAUAACCGUAUCAGGGGGCUGGGAUCGAUGGCUUUCCGAGAAAUACCGCUCGUCCGCAUUCUCGAUCUAUCUAAUAACUCUAUAACAUCUGUUUCACCGACCGCCCUGCUCGGUCUCAGGACUCUACAGCGCCUCAGCCUGGCCUACAACAGCCUGAAAGAGCUGGACAAGCGGUUGCUCGGGCCCAUCCGCUCGCUUUCACACCUCGACCUGUCACACAACAGCCUGUGGGGUUUGCCUGGAGCCAUGGGGGAGAGUUUGAGGAACCUUAGCCACCUGGGGCUAUCGCACAACAGGCUAACACGAUUGGACCGCUCCCUGUUGGAGGCCCUGAGCCACCUGGACAGCCUCACUAUACGAAGUAACCCCUGGAGGUGUGACUGCCAGCUUAUAGGCCUCAAACUCUGGCUGGAGACCUACCUCUUUAAAGGUGGAGUGGUAGAUGAGGUGCUUUGCCACCAGCCAGAAGAAAUGAAGGAUAAAGACUUGCAGAAAGUCCCUUACCAGCUCUUCCACGCCUGCAUGACCACAAGCUACCAUUACCUGUUUGCCAACAUACACCACCUAGAGAACGAGAGGCUAAUGCGAGGCCACACCCACGGCAACCACGCUCAUCCCUCUAGCCACGCCAUCCAUGUCCCCAUGGCAAUGGGAGAGGGUUUUGGUGGCGGGGGAGCAGGCGGAGCAGGAGCAGGGGGUUUGCCGGAGUGUGAACCUAAGCAGAGGCCGCGGCCCGUCAACCUGCGCCAUGCGAUCGCCACGGUGAUCAUCACCGGCGUAGUGUGUGGGAUUGUGUUACUGAUGAUGCUGGCUGCGGCAGUGUACGGCUGCGCCUACGCCGCUAUCAUGGCCAAAUAUCAGCGGGAGCUCAAGAAGAACGAGGAGUUGGCAGCGGCGCAGGGGGCAGAUCACGCCAAGGCAGAUGAGAAGGAACCACUGGAGAAUGCUAUCGCCUAGGAAGUGAUGACAUAAACCCUGAACUUAAAACCUGGGUCUCAACCCAAUCCUCUCUGGAUGCCAUGUGUGUGUUAGUGCAUGUGUGAGGGAAAAAAAGUAUGACUCUUUAUGUGUGGGCGUGUGUGUAUGUCCACCUCCUUUCUGAGACUUGGGUAGCUAAACUCCACAGGUAUUUGACUAUGCACUGGUGAGAAGAGCAUCUUCUACUGUAUGCGGGUUCGAGGGGCAGGCCAAAGAAUCCAAAAGGAAUCAAUUCCAUUUUUUCUGAUAAAUGCAUAUCACAGAUAGGAACAAAUCGCUAUAUAUUUAUAAUUGUGUAUUUGUAGGUAUAAUAGUAAAGCUCUGGUAUAUAAAAAAAAUGGAUUUCAGAAUUUGUUGUCUUUUGGUUGUUGUUCAUAAUUUCGAGUCUGAUUUUGAAAACUCAUAGUAGGCAGCUGCUGUCAGUUAAGUUCUGUUUCUUGUUUGUAUCAUUGACGUGAGAGUAUGAGAAGAACGAGUGUUUGUGUCAGUGUUUCAUUUGUGCUCGAGCGUGCGUGUGGAGAUAAUAUACUGUAUGCAUAUAUUUAUAGAGAACUUAAGAGUCUGUGCCUAAUAGCGUGAUAUAGUUUUUUGAGGAGGAAAUAUGUUUUCUUAAAGGAUAUUUUUCUGAAGUGAAGAUGGGAAAUUCGUUGAAGCAAUAAUGAAACAAACUAAAACGAAAACAACGACAAAACCUGGACUCGGCCUUGUUGUUUUUCUACGACUUUACAGGUUCAUGAGUUUGAAUUAUCAUCCUGAUGCACACAGUCACACACACACAAACUUUUAGAUCUACAGUUUUUGAGAUCAGUUGAGUCUUGUUUGUGAGUUAAUGCUGAUCGCAUAAUGGUAGUCGUGUCAUUCAGUAUGUAUUAUAUAAAAUAAAGGGAGACAUUUUAUCUGAUUA